CAGUGACCGAGUGGCGAAUCAACCCUUCGCCGAUAAGAGCCGCGUCGCGUCGCGUCCCCGAUCCUUCCUGGGGUUUCCUCCUCGACGAAUCGUGGGGCCUGAAAUUGCUCCUGUGUACGCACCGAAAGUGAUCUUUGCUCUCCCCCUCUCUCUCUCUCUCUCUCUCUCUCUUUCUCUCUCUCUCUCUCUUUCUCUCUCUCUCUCUCUCUCUCUCUCUCUCUCUCUCUCUCUCUCUCUCUCUCUCUCUCUCUCUCUCUCUCUCGCUCUCGCUCUCUCUCUCUCUGUUUCUCUCGCGGUUGGAAAGCAACGACUAUUCGAGAUAUCGGGCGUCGACAGGCUGGAUCGGAAUCGUGGACGGGGUUCGUCGUUGGGAAACCGAUGAUCGUCCAGGGAUCGAGGUGCUCGGGGAUCGACGCGCGUGGAACGAUCGAGACACUUUGAUGGAUAUUCGGAGGACUUUCCGGCGGAUGUGGCCCGUGGGUUGACGAGCUGGCUGUACCGUCACGAUAAGGGAUACCGGGGGUGGUUCGAGCGAGGUCAGAGUGCGCGAGCUGGUUGGACAAAGAGGAUCGGCACGGUAGAAUGUGCAGCUGAUCGGAAUGACGAGACACUCUCUGGUGAUCCUAUGCUGCUACCUGUACACGCUCUUUGACAUGGUGGCCCUACAUUUUCCGGAGUCGGACCUCGAGGAGUACGGCAGAAAGGAGGCCUCUUUGUCGCUGAGAGACAUCCUCCCCGUGAACCCGAAGCAAUACGACAAGCACAGAGCGCCGAAGUACUUGGGCCAGCCUACCAUCGUCUACUUCCACGUCACGGUGCUCAGCAUCGACUCCAUAAACGAGGAAUCCAUGACGUACGUCGCGGAUAUAUUUUUGGCUCAAAGUUGGCGGGACUCUAGACUCCGACUUCCGGAGAACAUGUCCGAAGAGUACAGAAUAUUGGACGUGGACUGGCUGCACAAUAUCUGGAGACCCGACUGCUUCUUCAAGAACGCGAAGAAGGUCACCUUCCACGAGAUGUCGAUACCUAAUCAUUACCUCUGGCUCUACCACGACAAGACCCUGCUUUACAUGUCAAAACUGACUCUCGUUCUCUCUUGCGCGAUGAAGUUCGAGUCCUACCCCCACGACACUCAAAUUUGUUCGAUGAUGAUCGAAAGCCUGUCGCACACGACUCAGGAUCUGGUGUUCAUCUGGAACAUGACGGACCCGCUAGUGGUGAACCCGGAGAUCGAGCUGCCGCAACUCGACAUCUCGAACAAUUACACGACCGACUGCACGAUCGAGUACUCCACGGGGAACUUCACGUGCAUACAGAUCGUGUUCAAUCUGCGCCGGCGGCUCGGCUAUCACCUGUUCCACACGUACAUACCGUCCGCGCUGAUCGUGGUCAUGUCCUGGAUCGCGUUCUGGAUUAAACCCGAAGCGAUUCCGGCUCGGGUCACCCUAGGCGUCACGUCACUGCUAACGCUCGCGACUCAAAACACGCAGUCCCAGCAGUCGUUGCCGCCUGUUUCGUACGUGAAGGCCAUCGACGUGUGGAUGUCCUCCUGCAGCGUGUUCGUGUUCCUCUCGCUGAUGGAGUUCGCCGUCGUGAACAACUACAUGGGACCCGUGGCCACCAAAGCUAUGAAGGGCUACUCGGACGAGGAUCUCCGGGAGGCCAUCGACGAAUUCAAAACGCCGAUGAGGAACGAAUCCGGAAGGAGCAGAAGUCCUGUGAGGCCUUUGUCCGUGCAAUACGACACUUGUUGUCAGGGCCGGGCGACUGCGAUCUACAUCGACAAGUUCUCCAGAUUCUUCUUCCCGUUCUCCUUUCUUAUCUUGAACGUCGUCUAUUGGAGCACCUUCCUGUAGACGGACUACUCUCCCCAAGAAGGAGAAAAUCGACGGGAACGAAGACCGCGAAAUCGACGUCAGCUUUCAAACAGAAGCCUUUCGUCUUUGUUAACUGGCGCUCGGUGAUUCUAGAGUUACGAGACCGCUGCAACCGCGAAAGAAAAUCGUCGAGAUCUAGUACAAAGUAAACUCGAUUCGGUUCUCGAGCGAGUUCGAUAGAUCGACGAGAGUAUUUGGAACAUUCCUUUCAUACUAGGUAGCAAAGAUUCUGUUUCACGGUUACAGCGGUAUCGGAAACGAUCCUUGAACAGCGCAUCGUUUAGCGAAACGAGUCUUCGCGAUGCUGCGAGAGCAACAAUCGAGCCAGUUAACAGAGAAACGAACGAACCGGCCGAUUUUUCUACGAGAGAAAGUCUGCUAACAGAAUUUUCAAUGCCUUUUAUAUAGAGACCAUACACACUUACACACACACACACACACAUCCCGUUCAAGUGCGAUUAAUUAACGAUAAGUAUCUUAGCAAUUAAGUCGCGUUAAGGAUUACUCGAAGAUGUGUAAAUCGAUCGAUCGAAUGUACUCACCCGUUCGCUCGUUUCGGCGCGAUCCAGUGGAAGGUAGAUCGAUCCGAAACGGAUCGCGUCUUGUCACCUUUAUCGAAAAAAUCAUUUUCGAUCCGUUUACCAUGAUUGAUCGUUCCCUGUGCAUGCCUUCCGAUUAUUUACCGUAAUUUCCCCCAGUUUUGCUACGAUAGAUAAACUCCGAUAUUUUUAACGAGACGUUAACGCGUGCAGCCCCGCUCUUCUUCGAAAUCGAGCGAUGAGAAGAUAUGAUCUCGUCUUAAAAAAGAAGCGAUCCAUUCGCAACGAAGAAUAUAGACCAACGACACUCGCCGCUUUGAAAAUCAGUCAGAUUUUAUUAACGUCGGAAACAACGACGAACGGGACUGCAAGCUGUAACGUCGACAUGCUUACGUCGCAGUUGACUCGUUAUGCGAGAUCGCAGAGUUUAGGAUGAAAUAAACGAAAUAUUAAUACUUUA